GACUCCCUGGCACCGCCAGAUUGCGGGUUCUGUACUCGUCAUUCUGCACGGCUAUCACCUCGUAUGGUCUUUGCGCCAAGGAACCACUUCCAGAUUUUCCAACGCACAAAUCAAGAUGGUCCCUUUUCUAUUUCUGAUUCUACUAGCGUCUUCCUUGAUUCCUGGGUAUGCUCAGGAUCAACUUAACGAUCAAUCUUCCAUAUCCUUGGUAAUAACUCAAGAUGGUCUUGAUUUCUUGAAAGACUUGCUUGUAAAUAAGGCAAUUUCCUCAAUGAUCCCACUUCGAUUGCCCAAGAUUGAAAAGACUGUGAAAAUUCCAGUUGUCGGUAAUGUUUUCAUGGUGCUUUCGAACAUCACUCUAUAUCAAAUUGACGUUCCUUCCUCGAAUAUUAACCCCGGGGAAGAUGGGAUUUCCAUUAUAACUUCGGGCACGACUUGUAUUUUAAGCAUGAAUUGGUAUUACUCUUACAGUACGUGGCUUGUGCCCGUUGACAUUACUGACAAAGGUAGCGCUUCAGUUCAGGUUGAAGACAUGGAGAUUAGACUUACAUUGGGCAUGGAGAAUCAGGAAGGAUCCUUGAAGUUGGUCCUGAAGGACACUGGGUGUGACAUCAAGGACAUUUCAAUUAAAUUGGAUGGAGGAGCAUCUUGGCUUUAUCAAGGGAUGGUUAAUGCUUUUGAAGGGCAAAUUGGGUCAAGAGUAGAAAAUGCUAUCACCAAGAAACUGAAAGAAGGGAUUUCAAGACUUGAUUCAUUCUUCCAAAAGCUUCCAAAGGAGAUUUCGGUAAAUAACGAUGCUUCAUUGAAUGUAACUUUUGUUGGUGAUCCUUUAUUAAGUGAUUCAUCAAUUGGAUUUGAAGUAAAUGGGUUAUUUAUUGGAAGAAAUGUUGAGGUUCCUAAACACGGGCUCAAGAAUCCAAAACUUUCUAUUUCCUGCACAAAUUCAUCCAAAAUGCUUGGAAUUGCUCUGGAUGAGGCUGUCUUCAACUCUGCAUCAUCCUUGUUUUAUAAUGCAAAAUUUAUGCACUGGGUUGUGGACAAAGUACCAGAUCAAUCUAUAUUGAACACCGCAGGGUGGAGAUUUAUUGUUCCCCAGCUAUACAAGAAGUACCCAAAUCAUGACAUGAACUUGAAUAUAUCUUUAUCUAGUCCUCCAGCUGUUGAGUUCUCAAACCAUAAAGCUGAGGCCAACAUAUUUGCAGACUUAACUACUGAUGUAAUAGAAGGAGAUGAAGUAAUACCAGUGGCUUGCAUCUCAUUGGUGAUUCAAGCUUCAGGUUCAGUCAAAAUCAACGGAAACAACCUUGCAGGAACGAUUGGAUUGAACGAUUUUUCAAUGUCAUUGAAAUGGAGCAAUGUUGGUAAUCUGCGGAUGUACCUGAUUCAGCCAGUUGUGUGGACACUGAUUCAAACUGUGUUCUUGCCAUAUGCCAAUUCACAUCUCAGUAAAGGUUUCCCUUUGCCCAUUAUCCAUGGCUUCACCUUACAAAAUGCAGAGAUAAUCUUGUCAAAUUCAAGAGUCACCGUUUGCAGUGACGUUGUUUUUGCAGAACCACAUAAACUUAUAUUGAAGUCUUUGACCUAUCUUGAGUAGAUAGGUUUUUGUUUUUGUUUUUUCCUUUUUUAUCGGUACUUGUAAAUAUUCAGAACAGAGUACACUGUUGCAUGUGUCUACGUAUGCAUUUUUUUAUAUUUUGGAAGGGUGAUGAUGCGACCUUCAUGCCAAGAUGUACAAAAUACAGACUCUGUUGAAUGCUGCAGCUUGUGUACAACAACAACAACAAGUCUUAUCCCACUAAUUGGAGUCAGCUAUAUGAAUUGUAUGACGUUAUUGUACUCUAUCAUUUAUUAAGUUUUUAGAAAUGUUAUUAACUGAGAAGUCUUGGUCAACAACUUUAAGAA